AUGGGGUGCUGCGCCGGGAAGCCGCAGCUGCUGCUGCUGCUGCUGCUGCUGGCGCUCGUCUUGCAGCUCUGGAGCCCCUGCGUGGGUGCAGACCCGGAGAGGCCUUCCAGCAUCCCCACAGAUAAAUUAUUAGUCAUAACUGUAGCAACAAAAGAAAGUGAUGGAUUCCAUCGAUUUAUGCAGUCAGCCAAAUACUUCAAUUAUACUGUGAAGGUCCUUGGUCAAGGAGAAGAGUGGAGAGGUGGUGCUGGAAUUAAUAGUAUUGGAGGGGGCCAAAAAGUGAGAUUAAUGAAAGAAGUCAUGGAACAUUAUGCUAAUCAAGAGGAUUUGGUUGUUUUGUUUACUGAGUGCUUUGAUGUCAUAUUUGCUGGUGGUCCAGAAGAAGUUCUAAAAAAGUUCCAAAAGUCAAACCAUAAAGUGGUCUUUGCAGCUGAUGGAAUUCUGUGGCCAGACAAAAGACUAGCAGACAAGUAUCCCAUUGUGCACUUUGGGAAACGCUACCUGAAUUCGGGAGGAUUUAUUGGCUAUGCUCCAUAUAUCAACCGUAUAGUCCAGCAGUGGAAUCUCCAGGAUAAUGAUGAUGAUCAGCUCUUUUACACUAAAAUUUACAUUGAUCCACUGAAGAGGGAGGCUAUUAACAUCACAUUGGAUCACAAAUGCAAAAUUUUCCAGACUUUAAAUGGAGCUGUAGAUGAAGUUGUUUUAAAAUUUGAAAAUGGCAAAGCCAGAGCUAAGAAUGUAUUUUAUGAAACAUUACCAGUGGCACUUAAUGGAAACGGACCCACCAAGAUUCUCCUGAAUUAUUUUGGAAACUAUGUACCUAAUGCAUGGACACAGGAUAAUGGCUGCACUCUUUGUGACUUGGAUACAAUUGACUUGUCUACAGUAGAUGUCCAUCCAAAUGUAACAAUAGGCGUUUUUAUUGAACAACCAACCCCUUUCCUACCUCGAUUUCUGGACAUAUUGUUGACACUGGAUUACCCAAAAGAAGCACUUAAACUCUUUAUUCAUAAUAAAGAAGUUUAUCAUGAAAAGGACAUCAAGGUAUUUUUUGAUAAAGCUAAACAUGAAAUCAGUACUAUAAAAAUAGUAGGACCAGAAGAAAACCUAAGUCAAGCUGAAGCCAGAAACAUGGGAAUGGAUUUUUGCCGUCAGGAUGAAAGCUGUGAUUAUUAUUUCAGUAUCGAUGCAGAUGUUGUUUUGACAAAUCCAAGGACCUUAAAAAUUUUGAUUGAACAAAACAGAAAGAUCAUUGCCCCUCUUGUAACUCGUCAUGGAAAACUGUGGUCCAACUUCUGGGGAGCUUUGAGUCCUGAUGGAUACUAUGCUCGAUCGGAAGAUUAUGUAGAUAUUGUUCAAGGGAAUAGAGUAGGGAUAUGGAAUAUCCCAUACAUGGCUAACGUGUACUUAAUUAAGGGAAAGACGCUCCGAUCAGAGAUGAAUGAAAGGAACUAUUUUGUUCGUGAUAAAUUGGAUCCUGAUAUGGCUCUGUGCCGAAAUGCUAGAGAAAUGACUUUACAAAGGGAAAAAGACUCCCCUACUCCGGAAACAUUCCAAAUGCUCAGCCCCCCAAAGGGUGUGUUUAUGUACAUUUCUAACAGACAUGAAUUUGGAAGACUUUUAUCAACUGCUAAUUACAAUACUUCACAUUAUAACAAUGACCUCUGGCAGAUUUUUGAAAAUCCUGUGGACUGGAAAGAAAAAUAUAUAAACCGGGAUUAUUCAAAGAUUUUCACUGAAAAUAUAGUUGAACAGCCUUGUCCCGAUGUCUUUUGGUUUCCCAUCUUUUCUGAAAAAGCCUGUGAUGAAUUGGUGGAAGAAAUGGAGCAUUAUGGCCAGUGGUCUGGGGGGAAACAUCACGAUAGCCGUAUAUCUGGUGGUUAUGAAAAUGUCCCAACUGAUGAUAUCCACAUGAAGCAAAUUGAUCUGGAGAAUGUAUGGCUUCAUUUUAUCCGGGAGUUUAUUGCACCCGUUACACUGAAGGUCUUUGCAGGUUAUUAUACGAAGGGGUUUGCACUAUUGAAUUUUGUAGUGAAAUACUCCCCUGAAAGGCAACGCUCUCUUCGCCCUCAUCAUGACGCUUCUACAUUUACCAUCAACAUUGCACUCAAUAACGUGGGAGAAGAUUUUCAAGGAGGCGGAUGCAAAUUUCUGAGGUACAACUGCUCUAUUGAAUCACCCAGAAAAGGCUGGAGCUUCAUGCAUCCAGGGAGACUCACACAUUUGCAUGAAGGACUUCCUGUUAAAAAUGGAACGAGAUACAUUGCAGUGUCAUUUAUAGACCCCUAA